AUGGCGGUCUAUUUGCUCUCCGACGUAGUCCCGUCAGGAUGUCGCCUCGCCUGGCACCUCUCUUACAGCCGCUUCCUCUUUCGAGUCCCGGUGAUUAGGGCCUCGGUCCUGAUUACCAGAACCAGAGACUGGACAUGCCCAGGCCGCCCCUACAGCCCAGGGCGCCCCUACGACCCAGGCCGGCCCUACGACCCAGGCCGGCCCUAUGACCCAGGCCGGCCCUACGACCCAGGCCGGCCCUACGACCCAGGCCGGCGCUACGACCCAGGCCGCCCCUACAGCCCAGGGCGCCCCUACGACCCAGGCCGGCCCUAUGACCCAGGCCGGCCCUACGACCCAGGCCGGCCCUACGACCCAGGCCGGCCCUACGACCCAGGCCGGCGCUACGACCCAGGCCGCCCCUACAGCCCAGGGCGCCCCUACGACCCAGGCCGGCCCUAUGACCCAGGCCGGCCCUACGACCCAGGCCGGCCCCCUACGACCCAGGCCGGCCCUACGACCCAGGCCGGCGCUACGACCCAGGCCGCCCCUACAGCCCAGGCCCGCCCCACUGCAGAGCUAGACCGUUCAGAUGAUAAGGUGUACCAGGCGGUCAUGGAGCUGGUCCAGGUGGUGGUGCAGCUGAAGAACGGCGUGAACACACUGCAGCCGGAGGAGUACAUCACCGUCAUCAAGUCUGUAGGGCUGACCUUAAGGAGUCUGAUACGCAGUGUGGAUGAUAUUCUGCCGACCCUCCACAAGUCCAUUAGGACAGAGAUCGAGGGGACCCAGAAGCUGUUGAACAACGACAUGUCAGAGUUGAUCAGUAAGAUGCGUCUGGCCCAGCAGAACGCCAUCACCUCUCUGAAGGAGGAGUGUAAGAAACAGAUGCUGACUGCAGCACACAACCUGGCCAUGGAUGGGAAGAACCUUCUGGAUGCUAGGACCAGGCCAG